AUGCCGGACGUAGGCCAUCAUGGGGACGCACAACUUCGUGGUGACCGACUUCUCACCACGCUCGAUGACAUGGACGCCGGCGACUACGUCAGCUCGGGCACCUUCUUCGUCGGCGGCUACGGAUGGAGCAUCAAGUUCUUCCCCGGCGGCGACGGUUGUCCAAAGGACGAUGAAGCUGCUGCUUAUAUGACGAUGCGUUUGAGUCUUCUUGACAGACCAACGGGUGUGAGGGUUAAGUUCAGUACAAGCCUGCUGGUCGAUAAAGGCAGUCAAGCGCCGUCGUCGGGGAAGAAAGGGAAAAGGAAGAAGAGGAAGAACAGAUCAGCAGGACAAGGAAAUAAACAAGCAGUGCCAACUGCAAGAACCGUCUUCACGGACACAAGAACCUAUGACACGGACACAGAGCACCAUAACAACAGCGGCAGGCGUAAUUUCAUCGAAAAUCCAAGCUAA